GCAGGAAUGGCGGCUAUGAUCACUAGAGGAAGGAACCAAGAGACCCUGAAACUUUACUUGUGACGGCCCCGCAGAGGAAUGUGUUUCUAGUGAAGGGCAGAAACACCCUCCUGUAACGGAUUACAGCGAGAAGAAGUGCUGUAACGUGAGAUCACGGCGGUAGAUGUCCGGGUCGGGGAGGUGGACGCACUUUGCUAGUUAGCCUAACGUUAGUGCCACUGACUUUGAUUCAAGGUAGCUGUUAGCCCGCUGCACUACUAGCCAGCUGUUGGCUACUUGGCUUGGCUGGCCCAACAAGUUAUUAACUGUGUGAAAGCAGCCUUUAUUUGAAUCUUCGAGUCGGGAUCGGCGCUCCUGCUUGGUACACAGUAUUAGGGACGUUCACAGAGAUUGGGAUAAGGCGCGUUGGGAACAUCAUUACAACAGCUAACCUCAACGUUAGCUCGGCUUAGCUAAGUUGGGAUCCUGAAGUCUCGCCCAUUUUUUGGAUCCUGCCCCAGCCAUUGGCUAAGGGCUAAUCAACAGCCAACUUGUGUUCUUUUCAGGCUCAAUUGGUACUACGAUGGAAAGUCUAACGCUGAGUGAUGUCGAGCAGAAAUAUUACUCGGAUUUGUUCGUUUACUGUGACACGGACAACACCAAAAAAGUGGCUUCCAACGGGAGAGUUCUUGACCUUUUCCGGGCGGCCCAGCUACCCAGCGAAGUUGUCCUGCAGAUCACAGAGCUAUGUGGAGCCACUCGGCUGGGUCACUUCGGUCGGAGCCAGUUCUACAUCGCUCUGAAGCUCAUCGCUAUCGCCCAGUCAGGGCUGCCUCUGAGGGUGGAGAGCCUCAACUCGGGUGAGUCCAUAAAUCGAAUCAAGGAUCUACCGUUGCCAAGGUUUGUGGUGGGGAAGAACGAGGCAGAAGCGAGACAUGCUGCACUGUACCAAGAUCCCGACAGUCAGGGAUUGUACCCUGCCCCCGGUACUGCAGUAAUACCCAGGCCACCUGGCAGGGGUCACCAGAACAAGAAAGGACAUCCCUCAUCCACUUCACUUCCUGUCCAUGAGGUCAUCCAGCCCCUGGCAACUACUAUAGAAUCACAGCCUGAACCAACGUCCCCAGUGGUCUCCCCUCACCAGUCUCCCCCAACCUCACCUCAUUCCUGGAGGAAGCACAAGCGGCAACACAGUGGAGGAAACGCAGAGAGGCAACCUGUGGUGGCAGCAACUGGAGCCGUGUGGACGCAGUUCAGAGAACCACAAACAGGUCCAGUGGCUGGCGAUGGCAUGUGGCCGUCCCACUCGCCGCCUCUUCCAGGUCAGGAGAGUUGGGUCAGUUUUACAGCAGACACACCGCCUUCCAGCACGCUCCCAGCAAUGCACCCAUCAUCAGUCCAGGAAAGCACAACAAUACGAACAGUAGCCUCAGCUGCAACGACCAAUGAGAUCCAGCGACAGUCCAGCACGUACGAUGAUCCGUGGAAGAUCACAGACGAGCAGAGGCAGUAUUACAUUAACCAGUUUAAAACAAUUCAGCCUGACCUCACUGGCUUCAUACCUGGUUCAGCAGCAAAAGAGUUCUUCACUAAAUCAAAGCUACCGAUUUUAGAAUUGUCACAUAUUUGGGAGCUGUCAGACUUUGAUAAAGAUGGAGCGCUGACCCUGGAUGAAUUCUGCGCUGCCUUUCACCUAGUUGUGGCCAGGAAGAAUGGCUACGACCUCCCCGAGAAGCUUCCUGAGAGCCUGAUGCCAAAGCUGAUUGACCUCGAUGACUCAGCAGAAGUCCCAGAGCAGACUGCUGAUGUUGGAUACUCUGCGUCACCAGUAGAGGUGACCCCCAACAAGUCUCCCUCUAUGCCUUCGCUCAAUCAAGCCUGGCCAGAGAUGAACCAGAGCAACGAGCAGUGGGAGACGUUUAGCGAGCGCUCCUCCAGCUCACAAACUCUGACCCAAUUUGACUCUAACAUUGCACCAGCUGACCCUGACACGGCCAUCGUUCACCCAGUUCCCAUCCGGAUGACGCCCAGUAAGAUUCACAUGCAGGAGAUGGAGCUGAAGAGGACUGGCAGUGACCACAAUCAUCCUACCAGUCCUCUGCUGACUAAACCUCCAGAACUGUCUGAAGAAGCCAAAUUACCUGCCUCCAUGAAGUUUGUAGCUGCCAACACUGUAGGUGAUGGUUACAGCAGUUCAGACUCUUUCACCUCAGACCAGGAGCCAAUCACAAGGCAGAGGUCUCAGUCGGGUACGUCCCCAGAGGCUUUGAAGGUGGUAGCCCCGCCUCCCCCUCCACCCCGUCCCCACCCCUCCCACUCUCGCUCCUCAUCUCUGGACAUGAAUCGCACCUUUGCUGCCACGUCUGCCACAGGACAACCCCAACCCUCUACGAUAGCUUACCCUCCUGCUGUGCCUCCACGACCGCUUCCCACACAAACAUCAGUACCACUCACCGGGCAUCGCGUAGAGGCGGAGAGUAUACCAGGAGGCGGGGCGGUGCUCACCACCACCUCCCCGCAGCAGAUUCCCCAGCAGCCCAACUUUGCAGAUUUCAGCCAGUUUCAGGCCUUUGCAGCCUCUGAGCAGCCCUCAAGCCUACCAGAGGUGGACAAACACAUCGAGCCAGGACAGGGGGACAAGCCUUCGGAGGGUGCCGGCCCCUUGAGAACAGUUAAGAGUGACGGCCAAGCCGAUGAGAGACCCUCAGCUACGGUCAACUCUGGAGCCAAAGGCUCCUCCGGCCCCCUGGCUCCUCCCCCCAAACCUGUACGUCGAAGGUUGAAGUCUGAAGACGAGCUGAGGCCGGAGGACGAGCAGCACGGUCCACAGAAAUCUAACGUCAUAGCCGCCGUCCUGGCCACUCAGCCUUCCAUUCCCAGGUCAGUUGGAAAGGAUAAAAAGGCGAUUCAGGCUUCAAUCAGAAGGAACAAGGAGACAAACACUGUUUUGGCACGACUUAACAGUGAGCUCCAGCAGCAGCUGAAGGAUCUGCUUGAAGAGAGGAUAUCUCUAGAAGUCCAGCUGGAGCAGCUCAGACCCUUUUCCCAUCUUUAACCUACGUAUGGAGAGCAACUCUACUGUAGUUCAUCUGAAUCAAGGCUGUGGCCCUCGAUGUGACUCCUCCCUCCCUCCUCUCCUUUUCCUUCCAUCAAUCCCGGCUUUUCCCGGAGGCUUCAACCUGCCUCAGGGCAUUCCGUUAAAACCUGUCACGCUCAAUCACACACUGCUCAAUCGUAAACCGGACGGACCUGAGGGCACAGUCUUACCAGUGGGAGGGGAUCUUAGAAACUGGCACUUUUCACUUUUUGCUAAAGAGAGGCGAAGGUGAGGAGGAUGACGGCAAACUGAGAGGCAGAGCGCUCCAGCUCCAAGUUCACUCUGAAGAUAAAACUGCUGGUGUCUUGAUUAAAUCACUCUCUGAAUGACUGAAGGAGAAAUGCGGAGUGUAUUUGUCAUGUUUGUGUGACUGUUUGUGCAUUUGUGUUCCUGGUGGCUGGCACCAGUAUGCUUGACUCGGCUGCACCAAACUCCUGCAGAAAAUUUAAAAAGGGGGCGAAACAGGUUUUUUUUUUCUUCUUUUGUGUAAGUGAACUGGGACGACCUAUAAAGGUUUUAGACCUUCUAAUAUCGUCUGAUGUCACAAACUCGAUAGGUUGGGUCUUGUUUAUUACACCGAAAUUGACAUGGAAGAGUAAAGACGGGCAAAUUGUGCUUUAAGUGAGCAUUAUAUGCUAAAACUUAUAAGUUUCUGGUUUAUAAAAGAGGGUUACAUUUUUCCUCUUUUCACUUUUUCAUCCGUGCUACUACUGUAGUGCUCUGAAGGCAUUUCUUGUUUUUGAAUCCUCAUAAAUGGUCUGUUCUGCUGAACAUGUGGCACCCAUGGCUGUCCACUAUUGUGAAAUAAUCCAAAGAACAUAGAUUUUAUGGGCUUGCAAUGGGACACGUGAAGACCGAAGGAAGUCUGCAGCACAAAUCAUCCGUCGGUACAUCGGUCAAUAAGCAAGUAAGGAUAAAUUUGUCUUUUUCUAAAUGGAGUUUGGUGUAGUCGCCCCUCUAUUUGUGAAACAUACUGGGCUAUCUCCAGACAGGACCUUUUGUGUGUUUGUGUGGGGCUUAAUGACUAAACCAACACGGUGAAGGCUUUUUUUUUUUUUCUUUUUUUUUUGGUGACUCAUCCUGUGACAUGAACUCAGUCCACCCUUCCUCUCUUACUGCCCCCUUCAAGUCUACAUGUAAACAUUUGCGUGGUUGAUGGCAUGAUGCAGUGAGUGAAAGUGCCGUGUCUUCUGUUUUUUUUUUUUUUUUUUUCUACGUGUUACAGUGUUUUGUUUUUUGGGAUCGUCGUGACUGAAUGGUUUCACUUUAUGCCAAAUGACUGAACUUUCACUCUUCUCUUUCACUUCCGCUCGGGCUGUGUUUGAAGAAAAAUGCACCACCUUUUCUUUCCCUGGAGUUUUCUUCAUUUAGUUUCAAACCUAGCUCUGGCUUGACAUUUCAGCUUUCUUUCUAACGUUGCGGGUUUUGUUUCUUUUUUUUCGUUUUCUCUCGCAAACUAUAACUUCACCUUUAUGAGUCAAAAACAGACAUUCAUAUGAAGGGUUUGAAGAUAUUCCAGCUGUUUGAUUGCAGGAAGCGGCGUUUAUGAAGAAUACAUUUGUUGCUGAUUGGGGAGAAGUUUGCCUGUGAUUUCUCUUCAGCAAACAUGUGCACAGAUCCAAACUGAUGCAGCAGGUAGAGCUGAUUUUUGAUGAUUUGAAAAAAACAACAAAAAAACAGCUGUUUUCCAAUCGGGCAGUCAGCACUAUGCAAGAAUGGGCGAUACAUCCUCACAGACCAACUAUACCUAAGUGUUUGUCCGAUGAUAGUAGCAACCAUGUGAACAGUAUACUCUGGUUUUUGUAUCGUAGCUCUUCCAGAACAUCAUCUACUGUACGUUUGUGAUGUAUUUUUGCCUUUUUGUUGUUUUUGGGUUUUUUUUGGGUGGUCCUGAUGAGCAGUCCACUUCCCCGGGCUCCUGGCUCCAGAGGGAAGUAAACUCCAGAUCAGUGUUGUAUCAGGGCAGUUUCACCUGAAAUCUGUGGGUGUAGAUGAAGCUUAACAGGAGACCAGUCAACAGAAUGGGAGACCUGAAUGUCCCAACUGCACUUUGAACUGAAUCCCCACCUCCCCCCCCCCCCCCUCUUGUUCCCUCACAAUUUCUUUUAUUUGUUGUCUCUCUUUGCUUACUUUUAAUCUGCAUGUUGUCUUUCACGUGUAUUUAAAAAGAAGAUGCUUUAAGAUGAAAAAAAUAAUGAACCACUUGUUUUAUUUCUCAUGUUUUCUUUGUUUUUUUUUUUUUUUUUUUUUU